AUGGUAUCAGCUCGUAAAAGAAAAGAAGUUUCAUACCAUGAAUCUGAAAGUGAUAGCGACUUUGAGAGCAUUCAAGAAUCGCACAGUCGAUCAUCAAAAAAGAAUUCCACAACUUCCAAUUCGAAAAAAAAACCUGCUAAACGAACAAAAAGAGAACAUUCAAAGAUAGUAAAUAACAAUGAAGAAAAAUCGACAGAACUUUUGAAUGAUGACAAAGCAAAACUUUUAUCAAAAGCAAGUAAAAAAGACGAUGAUACAAACAAUGUUGAAAUCAUUUCUGAACAACACAUCAAUCCAGGAAAAAUUGUUAUACCUCGACCUAAGGGUUGUCCAUUUGCUGAUUCUAUUUCACCUGAUACACUUGAAUUUUUGGCAGAGCUUGCAGAAAACAAUGACAGAGAUUUUAUGCGAUUAAGAGCUAAGGAAUGGGCAAAAGCUAAAAAAGAUUUUGUGGAUUUUUGUGGAUUGAUUAUGACAGAACUACAUGAGGUGGACCCUUCCACUCGAUUAGAGGAAGGCAGUAAAGCUAUGUACCGUCAGAAUCGGGAUGUACGAUUUUCAAAUGAUAAAAGCCCUUACAAGACAAAUCUUAGCGCAGGGUUUUCACGAACGGGCCGUAAGUCUUUGGAUGCAAGCUAUUUUAUAUCUAUAAAACCCGGUAAUAAGUCUAUUGUAGCGGCAGGUAUGUGGCAGCCAGAUUCAGCACGAUUAGCUAAUAUGCGCUCGAGUAUCAUUCGUGAUGGAAACCUCUUAAGAGAGGCGCUUUCGACAGAUGCUAUUAAAGAGCUUUUUGAUGGUAAAUGUGGUCAUGAGGUUCUAUGUACUGAAGAUAAACUUAAAGUUGCGCCUAAAAAUAUCGCUAAAGAUCAUCCAGAAAUAGAGUUAUUAAGAUUCCGUACAUUCGCUGUAUCUAAAUCAUUUACAGAUGAAGAAGUUGUGAGUCCAGGAUUUAUGGAUAAAGUGAUGGAUGUAUUUGAAGCAUUAGUACCAUUUGUGACUGUUAUUAAUGCAUGGAUUUAA